UCAGAAACGAUGUCGUUGAGCAAAGAUACUGCUAUGCAAAGAUGGAUAUAAGAAGUUUUCUCGUUGUGUCUCAUUCUUCUCCAAUCUCUUACACAGUUUCUGCAUCUUCUUCACACUUCUCUCUCAUCUGAAUUUUAUCCAUGGCUAAAAGCUCAUUCAAGACCGAACACCCCCUUGAAAGGAGGCAGGCUGAAGCAGCUCGCAUAAGAGAGAAGUAUCCUGAUAGAAUUCCAGUAAUUGUUGAGAGGGCGGAGAAGAGUGAUGUUCCUGAAAUUGAUAAGAAAAAGUAUCUUGUUCCUGCUGAUUUGACUGUUGGCCAGUUUGUAUAUGUGGUGAGGAAGAGAAUCAAGCUGAGUCCUGAAAAGGCCAUCUUCAUUUUUGUCAAGAACAUUUUACCACCAACUGCGGCUAUGAUGUCUGCAAUUUACGAAGAAAACAAGGAUGAAGAUGGAUUUCUAUAUAUGACCUACAGUGGGGAGAACACAUUUGGGAUGAUGAUCUAAAAUGUUUCAAUAAUGCAGGCAGACAACCAUGUGAAUAGAACUUAAUGGAAAAUGACCAUUGUGAAGAAGUCAGCUCAAUUGUAAAUUCUGUUGUUUAAUCUGCUCCUUGUAAAAGUUUAUUAGCUGAUCGAUGUUAGUCUUUGUGUGUAUUGGUCUAUUGGAACUUAUCUUGGAUCUGCCUUGUGUUAAUCUAAAAAUGUUCUGAUUUUCGUUCA